CACAUCCGGCAGAAGGCCGUGCGCAGGCCCUCCAGCAUGUACAGCACCGGCAAGAAGAAGGAGAACCCCAUCGAGGACGAACUCAUCUUCCGCGUGGGAAGCCGAGGCCGGGAGAAAGGCGAGUUCACCAACCUCCAGGGCAUCUCCACCUCCUCCAGUGGCCGCAUAGUGGUGGCCGAUAGCAAUAACCAGUGUGUGCAGGUGUUUUCCAACGAGGGUCAGUUCCGGCUGCGCUUCGGGGUGAGGGGCCGCUCCCCUGGUCAGCUCCAGCGCCCCACUGGUGUCACCGUCGACAUGAACGGGGACAUCAUCAUCGCCGACUACGACAACCGCUGGGUCAGCAUCUUCUCCCCUGAGGGCAAGUUCAAGACCAAGCUGGGCGCUGGGCGGCUGAUGGGCCCCAAGGGCGUCGCAGUGGAUCGCAACGGGCACAUCAUCGUGGUAGACAACAAGGCCUGCUGUGUCUUCAUCUUCCAGUCCAAUGGCAAACUGGUCACCAAGUUCGGCAGCCGCGGCACAGCCGAGCGGCAGUUUGCAGGGCCCCACUUUGUGGCCGUCAACAACAAGAAUGAGAUCGUGGUGACCGACUUCCACAACCACUCUGUGAAGGUUUACAGCGCAGACGGUGAGUUCCUAUUCAAGUUCGGCUCUCACGGGGAGGGCAAUGGCCAGUUUAACGCUUUUUUUGCCAACGGCAACAUCAUCGUGGCUGACUGGGGCAACAGCCGCAUCCAGGUGUUCGACUCCUCGGGCUCCUUCCUGUCCUAUAUCAACACAGCGGCAGAUCCUCUGUACGGGCCGCAGGGCCUGGCCCUCACCUCUGAUGGCCAUGUCGUGGUGGCCGACUCGGGCAACCAUUGCUUCAAGGCCUAUCGCUACCUGCAGUAG